GGCGUCAGCAUAGAGCCCCAUGCGGGGUUCAAACUCACUGACGGUGAGACCAUAACCUGAGCCGGACUCGGAAGCCCAACCGACUGAGCCACCCAGCCGCCCCCAGGAUGACUAUUUAGUGAUGGUUCCUCCCAUCUUAGCCUUGGUCUCUCCCUGUCUGUACUGAACCCCUGUCCCCCCCUUGUCACCCCGCUCCUUACGUGCAUCCCAUUCAGUCUUUCUACUGCAAAAUUUGUGGAUUGUGACAUACUUAAUCCUCAUGGAGGACGGGGCCCAAAGAGUCUACAGGUGCCACGGUGCCUGCGAGCAGAGAACGUGUGUGUGGAUAUCGUUUCCCUUGAUGAGGCUUGCGAGCAAACAAAUAGGGCGCUCCUGGGGUGGGCUCCCCUAGCAAAAUCACACCAGCGUUUGCUUCCAUGACGGAUGUGCUCCUGCCCCUUCCGGGAGACAGCCCGGAACCUAGUUUUACCUUGCGAGCACCUCCGGGGAGCACUGUGACGUGGCACCUUCGCUGCGGGGGCCCGGGCUCCCUGCAUGCUCUCUUGCCUCUGUUUGCAUUCGGAGUCCCCGCUUUGAGUUCUCACGCCUGGAAUGUGGCUUCGCCAGUGCUUGUCUCGGGGCCGCGCGGGGCAGGGGAGGGCGGCUUAGCCAGAGUCCCCGGCCCGUGCAGAGUCAAGGGCUGACAGUGUCGUGCCAGGAGGCGUUUACACCCAGGGGCCCCGGCCCCAGGCGCCGAGACCCGUUCUGGCCGCUCUAGUUGGAGGAGGUGUCUCUGCGGCACCCCUGCCCCGGGGCCGGCGUCCCGCGGGGCACCGGGGCAGGGCAGCGGCACCUUCGCUAACUCACGGCCACUCGGCGUUUCCCGUCUGGACAGCGGCGGCUGCCGGGCCGGGCGGUACCAUGUUGUCCAUGACGUACAGCGAGAGCCUGAGGAGCGUGAGCAGCAGGUGUCACUCGGACUGGGCCCUGCACCCCGUGCGCCAGACAGACACGCUGGAGCUGCAGCGGCUGCGGGAGGUGCGGGCGGCGGCCCAGGCCAGGAACAUGGAGAGCUUCCUCCGCAUGCACGGCCUCUCCCUGGACGGCUGCACCGCCCAGCGCACGGGCAUGAAGUACCGGAACCUGGGCAAGUCGGGCCUGCGGGUCUCCUGCCUGGGGCUCGGAACAUGGGUGACCUUCGGAGGCCAGAUCACCGAUGAGAUAGCAGAGCAGCUGAUGACCUUGGCCUACGACAAUGGCAUCAACCUCUUCGAUACUGCAGAAGUCUACGCGGCGGGCAAGGCUGAAGUGGUAUUAGGAAACAUCAUCAAGAAGAAGGGAUGGAGACGGUCCAGCCUGGUCAUCACCACCAAGAUCUUCUGGGGAGGAAAAGCGGAGACCGAGAGGGGCCUUUCCAGGAAGCACAUAAUAGAAGGUCUGAAAGCCUCGCUGGAGCGGCUGCAGUUGGAGUACGUGGAUGUGGUGUUUGCCAACCGCCCGGACCCCAACACGCCCAUGGAAGGGGACCCAUUUAGUUCCUCCAAGUCAAGGACAUUCAUCAUAGAAGAGACCGUGCGCGCCAUGACCCACGUCAUUAACCAGGGGAUGGCCAUGUACUGGGGCACGUCACGCUGGAGCUCCAUGGAGAUCAUGGAGGCCUAUUCCGUGGCCCGACAGUUCAACCUGAUCCCGCCCAUCUGCGAGCAGGCCGAGUACCACAUGUUCCAGCGCGAGAAGGUGGAGGUCCAGCUGCCGGAGCUCUUCCACAAGAUAGGAGUGGGCGCCAUGACCUGGUCACCUCUGGCCUGCGGCAUCGUUUCCGGAAAGUACGACAGUGGCAUCCCGCCCUAUUCAAGAGCCUCCUUAAAGGGCUACCAGUGGCUGAAAGACAAGAUCCUGAGCGAGGAGGGCCGGCGCCAGCAGGCCAAGCUGAAGGAGCUGCAGGCCAUAGCUGAGCGCCUGGGCUGCACCCUCCCCCAGCUGGCCAUAGCCUGGUGCCUAAGGAACGAGGGAGUCAGCUCCGUGCUCCUGGGUGCUUCCAGCGCAGACCAGCUAAUGGAGAACAUUGGAGCGAUACAGGUCCUUCCAAAACUGUCGUCUUCCAUUAUCCACGAGAUUGAUAGUAUUUUGGGCAAUAAACCCUACAGCAAAAAGGACUACAGAUCCUAAGAAGCCCCCGGCCGCUUGCCCGGACAGUUUCUGUUUCCCUCCCAGUCUCUCUGUUCGCUCGCUUAAGCUGUUUUGAAGCCAAGUCAGGGGUGUGGUUUGCAUCAAAAAGAAAACAUCACGCAGCACGAGAUGUUGUGGGGAAAAGAUCUCAAAAGUCGCUGCUAAGACACCAUUCGCCGCUUCGCGGGACGGAAUUCUGACCCGUGCUGGGGAGACCACGCUGACUGGGAAGGGUGUUGGCGCGGUCCCGUCCAGGCUCGCCUGCAGCCCUGCUCACCCUCCUGGAAGAGACCACCACGUUUUCUCCCAGCCUCGGCCUUUCCCAGAGACGCCCCGAGUCCAGGCCAGGCCGAGACCCGGUCGGGUGCUGGGGGCAGCAGGGCUGGCCUCUCCUCUGCUGAGCACCCCCACCUGGUGUUGGGGGUGGGAAAGAGGAAACCAGGUCUGGCUCCUCCCGUGGCCCCUCUGCCAGGACACUGGACAUUGGGCAGGGCCUCCCAGGUGGGGCCCUCAACCUCCCUUCUUGCCAAGGGCUCCCAAUACUUUACCAUGGGCCCGACCUCAGAUUCAUUCUGCACCCGCUUCUCCACCACCCCCUGCCCCAGCGGGUCUCCAGGGGGCCUUCCAAGCUGUCCCUUGACCCCCACCCCCACCCUUGCUGGCAGGGGCAGAGAUCCGGGGGGAUUCCUUAUCAGUUUGGGGUCCACAGCAAGUUGGGGGGGGAGGGUUUCUAACCACGCUCAUUGCCCUGGCAGCUUCCUCCCUGCACACAGUUGACGAUCCCCGUGCCCAGAGCAGCCCUGAGCGUUCGGGAGGGGCCUGAGGAGCAGGCUCCAGCCCAGGUCCCUCCAGGGCCCCACCUACCCUCCUCUCCAGGUGCCCUGCCCACUGCCCCUCUGUCCUUGCCCCAGAAUGCCCUGAGGUCAUGCAUACUUAGCUAGACUGUGGUCGCUGGCUGGCCACAUGCCGGGCGGCCCACCUCUGCUCUGCCUGGGUAGUGGCCUCAGGGUCUGCGGAGAGAACACACUUAGGCCCCUGGGGUUUUCUGUGCUGCAUGCGCAGGGGAGCUGGGGAGGCUGAACAUCCCGCAGAAGCCCCCACGAUCUAGGAAAAGGCCCCAGGAGCCUCCCCCUGGAGGAGUGCCUUCUUCAAGGCCUCAGAUCGGGUCAGGGUGAGGCACCCCACAUUAGGGUGCUAAGUCUAGGUGCCCAGAGCAGGUUACCCGGGCAGACGGACAGCAGUACCAACCCCAGAACCACCACACGCACCCUGUGAGGAGGUCAGGACGGCUGGAGCCAGUCAUUCCUGGCGAUGCAUCCACCCCCCCCCCCGGCCCCCCAGCCCGGAACAGGACAGAACCGUCAGCCCCCCCGGCUGGGAGGAUGAAGGGCACAGGCCUGCAGCCGGGAGUCCUGAGGUAGCAGCCUCUGCUGGCUAUUUGGAGGCAGGAGCCCACUCUGUAGGGUGCCUCUGUGUCUCCGGUCCCAGCAGGUAGCAGCUGGCCCCACCUCGACACCCCUCCCCCUCCCCGCCAACAGUCUCCUCUUCACUGCAGCCGGUAUGCCCAGUCCUGCUUCGCCCCCUGCCAUGCUCAGAGAGCCUCCUGGCCAGCCCUGGCUGGGCCGAGGCCUGAGAAAGCCACAAACUUCCUGACCUUUAUGCUGACCCUGGAGUCUAGAACCUUCCCCCCUCCCAGCCCAGGCCCCCGGGCUCAUCACCAAAUCUAUAAGCUGCACACUGUGGGUGUGGGGAGGGGGUGAGCCUAUCCCGGCAGGGGCCCCUGGCCUGUGGCCACCGCCCACCACCACCCGGGAUGCGUGGCUAGCUCCCAAGACAGGCAGGGACCAGGUGCUCUGGGCCAGGCAGCCCCCGUACUGAGGGACCAGAUUGCCUGCCCCUCACUGGGGAGAGCUGCUGGGCCCCCUUCGCACUGCUGCCCCCUUCAUGGGGAGCCACACCUGGGAAGGCAGUCCCCUGUCGGCCACAUUUGCCAAACGGAGACGAGGGCCCCCAGAGUUGAGCUGGGCCAAGGCCGAAAUACCCAUGGCAAGGACCCAGGCAGCCUCCCCGUCCUGGGGCACUGUCCACAGCCUGAUUCUCAGCUGUCAUUUCUCCCACACCCACCUGCGGGGAGGACCCGGCUCUGCUUCCUGGGGGAAGGCCCCUGACUUAGAAGAGGUCUGGUGGGGUGGCGGUCGGGGGGGGGGGGGGGGGGGGGGGGACAGAGUCUGGAAACAAGCUGGGCAGAGUUGGGGCCUGGAGGAGUGUGGCCUGGGACCCAGCACGGGUUUACGCUGGCCACCUGGUCGAGGGAAGCCUCCCAGCCUCUGGCCCUCCCCUCGAGGCAGUUUGCCCCAGGGGACCCCCUCCGGGAAUGCCCAGCACGGAAAGCAGGUCCACUCUGGGAGCAGGGGUGGGAUCCUUCUCCCUUGCUGACACACGGAGUUCCCCCCCCCCCCCCCCCCCCAUUUCUCAUCCCAGAUCCAGUGCAAAUCCGAGGUCCGGAGGAAUGACAGAGGGGCUUGCUCGGUCUUCUGUCAUGUAAAUAAUGUGCUUUUCUUCUCUCCCCCUUUUUUUUUUAAUGACUGAGGCUCCUCAGCUAACUGCACUCCCUACGUAGGCAGAGACUGUCUCAUGCCUCGCGCUUCCAGACGACACUCAGCGAGACACAGCCACCGUAUUUAUGGAAUGACAAAUAAAACCCCAGCCUGUCGGGGUCUGCGGC